AUAUCAGUCCAGACAAUUUUACCGCUUUAACAGCUUAAAUACUCGACUUCGCUUUCUUUUGGAACCAAACCAACAGAAGAGUUGGAAAGCUGACAAGCUGUACACAAUCCGCGCCUCAUAUCAACUUUAACCUCAGAGAGAGAGAGAGAGGGAGUCAGAAGACUACGGGAAACCAAGAAAAAAAAUGAAGCUGAAAGUGUACGCGGAUCGGAUGUCCCAGCCGUCUCGGGCCGUUAUUAUCUUCUGCAAGGUUAAUGGAAUAAACUUCGAGGAAAUCAAAGUGGAUCUGUCCAAACGCCAGCACUUGUCUGAAGAGUUCAAAGAAAUAAACCCUAUGGAGAAAGUUCCAGCUAUUGUUGAUGGAAGAUUUAAGUUGUUUGAGAGGUAUCCGGCUGAUGUUUCCAGGACAGCGAAGAUCCACUCGGUAUUGGAUUGGCAUCACUCUAAUCUACGCCAGGGCGCAGCCUCAUUUGUUUUCAAUACCGUACUGGCACCAGCACUUGGUUUUCCCCUGAAUCCACAAGCGGCUUCUCAAGCCGAGAAACUUCUAUCCUCAUCUCUGUCAAAAAUAGAGUCCAUUUGGCUCAAGGGGAAUGGACGCUUCUUGCUGGGUGGCUUUCAACCAUCCAUAGCGGAUCUUAGCCUCGUUUGUGAGAUUAUGCAACUAGAGGUUUUGGAUGAGAAGGAUCACAGCCGUAUACUAGGCCCACACAAGAAAGUUCAGCAGUGGAUUGAGGAUACAAGAAAUGCAACAAGACCUCACUUCGAUGAAGUACAUACUAUCCUCUAUAAAGCCAAGACAAAACUCGCAGUGCAGCGCUCAGUGCGUGGAAACAGUGAGACGGAGUCUAGCAUAAAAAAGUUGCCUUCAAAGAUGUGAAAACCAUGUUACUGUUUAUUAAGCAUUGUAAAUGUCAUAGUUUACAAUAUUGAGCAUUGUAGAAAGAUUAUGUAAUAAAACUCUUUGGAUUUUUCAUGUG